CUUUCUGCAAGAUGGGUUAGCCGCUUAUCAACUGCGUUGGAUGGAAUGUCCCUCGAGUAUCGAAUGAGGAAAGAAGAUGCGGCGGCCUAUUUUGACAUAAAACCCAGCGUUAACUCGAGCAUUGCGAGAUAAGAAGGCAACAUUUUAAAGUGGCCAAGGAGGAUAGAGACCAAGAGGUGAUGUGUUUCAUCGAGUGAAGUUGAUUCUGACAGACAAAAUGAAGAGGAGGCUGCUUCGAGGUUUUCUGGCGGAAAUCUCCAUCCGCUUAGCGCUCUUAGUAGUUUUCCUGGUGACAGAGCAGCUUCCACCUUUCUACCGCAAGAUUCAGCCGGAAGAGAUGUGGUUGUAUAAAUACAGCCGUGUGGAUCAAGAUCACGUCCCGACACCACUUAUGUUUAGCAUUGCUCUCUUAACACCGCUGAUUGUCAUCAUGAUCUUCACCUUAAUGACCAAGUCAGAGCGAGGUGACGCCAAGGAAGCAUCACUGGCUGUGACUUUGACACUUGUGCUGAACGGCGUAUUCACCAACGUCAUCAAACUUGCAGUCGGCAGGCCCAGGCCGGACUUCUUCUUCCGCUGUUUCCCUGACGGCCAGAUGAACUUAGAGCUACGCUGCAGUGGUGAUCCAGAUGUGGUCAUGGAGGGAAGAAAGAGUUUUCCUAGUGGACAUUCUUCAUUUGCUUUUGCCGGGCUGGGAUUCACCGCCCUUUACAUCGGCGGGAAGCUGCGAUGUUUCAAUGCCGCUGGCCAAGGCAAAGCUUGGCGACUCUGCGCUUUUCUCACCCCUUUAAUGGUCGCACUGACCAUUGCCCUCUCCAGAACCUGUGACUACAAACACCACUGGCAAGACGUGUUGGUGGGCUCUCUGCUAGGCUUGGGCUUUGCCUGGCUGUGCUACAGGCAGCACUACCCAGCGCUUCAUGAUGCCGACUGCUACCGCCCUCUAAGUCACAGAGAGGGCAUUCCCGCUGCACAGGAACGCAAGUUGGCUAACUCCAACUACAUCCUGCCCAUGUAACAAACAGCCGGUUGCAUUGGAUCCUUUUUCGUGCUGUUUAUCAUGGCUCCCAGGGUUUAUUAUGGAAACUGCAGUUGCCUAUAGUUGGACAUUUUGAGGUGGAGAGGAAAAGCGCAUGAGAAGGUCUCAAUUUUUUUUCCUCUUUUAUUUCCCAGAGUUCCACCAGAGACAUUUAUCACAGCCUUUUUCUACCCAUGGUUCAUACUUUCACACGACAGCUUGGCAUCCCGCAAUCCUGAUUAGAAGCGUGAUUUCAGUGAUGAUUGCUUUUAACGCUGGUGUCAAACAUAUCACUUUUCUGCUUGUUUUGGCUCAGAAACUACAUCCAAAGGUUGAAAAGUGAUCCCAUUUUAUUGGGGCCUUUUACACAGAACAGCUACGAGGGAAAAAGGAGGAAUAUGCUGGCUUGUACCGGCACCUUACGUAAAUAUUGCGUAUCAGCCCAUUGAGCUCCUUUGUGUUUCAGAAGUUUUUUUUUAGCAACAGGCCAAACGGUCAGGCCUUUAUGAAGUUUGACUCAAACUUAAGUUCAGCGAGGAAGCAAGCAGAGUUAGGAAAGAGGUGAAUUACAUUUUUAAUCUUAAAUCACACUGUCAUUCCAUGUGUUUGAUUACACAGGUGUUAAUGGCUUGGUUGCUGGAUGAUAAUUCUGCUGUUGUCCAUCCAGCAAAUUUUGAACUGCUUUGAGUAUGUUGGGACGGCAGAAGACAGCAGUCCCUUUAAAAAUCAGCUGUUCUAUAUCCUUUUUUUUCCUUUGGGAAAUAUCAACCAACUGUAGAUGAGCAUGCUUUCAUAUGCACUUAUGACAGAUGAUGCCUCUUUUGAAAUACUGUCAUCGCGAUGAGUGUUUUGUUUUUUUCCUGCCUAAAUCGUGUUUACUUUCUUAUUAGGGUUUUAAAUGGAACCCCAACAUAAUUUUACCUGGCCAGCUAUGAAAUUAAAAAAAAAAAAAAAAAACACAUUCACAAGCGUAAAGACUUGUAGGUACACCUUCUGAGUAGCAACAAUGACUACACAGUUCACUCAUGCAGGUCAUGAAUUCACCAACUAUGUAAAGGAUGUGGUUGCUACUCCGAUGGUGUAUCUCCAAGUAUAAGACUUGAGGGUUAAAGGUUGCCGACCCUUAAACUAGACAGUCCAAUAGAGACUUGACACAAUUGUAUGUAUCAUAAGAAGGAACAUCCUCCUGUUGUUCAGGGUUUAGAUCCUGUUCAUAUUUCUAUGUCGGUAAUGACAAAAAAGAAUAUGGCAAACCUAUUUGUGUUUUUGUGUGAAAUCAGCCAAAGUUUUGCAGGGUAUAAGCACUUUUGCUGUGAAUCCAGGUCAAAUUUGCUGAUCACAGCGGAUUUUAGACCAAACUUGGCCGUGCCUUUUAAUUUCCAAAAUUUGCUAACGUAUACUAUACUGUUGUUUCCAUUCCAUUUUUGUUUGUGACUCAUUUUCUCUCAUUUUGACGUUAACUCUUAAUUCCAAUUCCAAUAUAAUGAUCAUUCGUAAUCUUAAACUUGGUGUUAGUUUUUAGUAUUUUAAAUAGGACUGGAUGCAGAACUGGGGUAACGUCUUGAUGAAAAGGUAUUUAUCAUAUAGCCUCCAUUUGAAUUCCACUUGAUACUGUAUGAAGAAUUGUGCUUAAGUUUUGGUAUGUAGGAGUUUGACUUGAAUUUUCUGUGUGUGUUUUUUUUUUUUUUUUUUUUUUUUUUUUUUUUUUUGCUUGAAACUGGAUCAUUCUAAGGAGCACGGGUCUUUAGUAUGUAUACUUUUUUUAGUCUUUGUUUCCCUCUGAUUUUGCUAGAAGGACGUAAAAGUCAUUGCCUGCUAAUACCAACAAUAGAUGUCCAAUUCAUUUAAACUGGACUGAAUGCUUCACUGCCAUUGACUGUGCUCGGCGAAUGAUUGCUGCUAGUCAUCCUAUUCAGACUAUAUUGGACGUCUAGCGCAGCCAAUGAAUUAACAAUGUUUUUUUUUGUCUAGAAAAUUUAGGGGUGUUGACAAUCUCUAAUGAUAGUUUUUUUUUUUUUUUUUUUGGUCAGUCACAUCUUUAUUUUGGUUUCACUUGUAAAGACCAUGUAGCAGCCAAUUAAUGCUGAUACACGCUUGUGAUUGUAUUAUGUUGUAUUGUCAUUUGGUCACACUAAAUAAUGUUCCUACAUGA